AUGCUCUUUAUCGAGUGUCCGGCGGCAAGUCGUCGCAACGCAUGUUACGUUUUGCAGUUUAAUGCAACGGCUAGCACGAGAUUAUUUGAAGAAGGGUCGCACUGUCUCUCAUUUUGUGCACAUGCACCUGCGAUAGACUACGACCCAGUAAAGGCCCAGGCAUUGAACGGCAACGUGACAACUAUUAGUGUUCAAAUUACCUUCUCUGGACGGAUCAGACCAUCGCGGCUCUCUGCGUGGUUAAGACUACGCUCAGUUCCUCAGCAUCACGUUGGCGGUAGCGAUGGGACUAGUCAUCGAAGGACUAGAUAG